AUGCCAUCUCCAUUCAUUCUUCCACACGAAGCCGCUCGAUCCUCACGCAUUAAGACCAUCGAUAUUCGCUACCCCCGAGACCUCCUUCUUGAUCCUCAGUAUGUCUUGGCCCUAAUCGCCAUUUAUAACCACGUGGAACAUCUCUACCUCUCAGCUGGUGGCAUCAACUCGUAUCAUCUCGACCGGAUCUCGGAUGCUGCGAAUAACUGGGUGCCGACUCUGAAGACAUUGGCUCUUCGUUUCUUCGAGGAUGUGGGAGCCGUCCACUGCCUGCUCCGAUGUCUCCCAUUGAACAUCCAUACACGGAUCGACAUCCAUGUCGAGAUUCUCGAUCGUGCAAGAGCCUGGGACAUCGACGGGCUCAGUGUCUUUCUUGGUAUCUCGAUGUUGAAUUUGGACCCCUACCGCUCAGCUAACUGGAUCUCUAUUUCGCAACGAUCACUCUCAAUGCGCGACCGCGAUGAGACACCGCAUGUUCAACUACAGCUCGGACACAAAUGCCUCGAUCUGGUUGGAGUGGACCCCUUCCUUACGAUCACCAAAGACGACCCACAUCUUCGUUGUCUCUCCCAGACAUUCUCUGAACUUUCGGGUAUCAUCAGUGCUCGAUCCACGAUCAGUAUACUUCGAAUCGAACUCGAGGAACCUAUCCAACUAAGGGACCUCCUUCGUGCACUACUGUCCCUCACUAACCUCGUCUCCCUCACCGUGGUACUUUCACAUCAUGGUGGUGUUAGGGAGCCCUAUGCAUGGGUCGAAUCGGCGAGUCGGGUUGUCUUGAGGCAUCUUCAAGAUUUGACCCUCAUCGCUUCUGGACCGACGGAGGAAGACGCACUCAACCAGUGUGCUGCUCAUGAUCGAUUGUUGAGCCGUAUCACUUUUCCAGUCACGGCCAAAGUCAAUCGAUUAGUUGCAGAUACGAUGUUCGACUCCUCCGGGAUUCUGAAACUCUAG